AUGCAGAUAACGCAGCCUGGAGACGGGAACCCGGGUGGGGAUAGAGAGAGGAAAGGGGGAGAGUGGGCGGUGAGGGGGGCGGAAGAAGGGCUCCGGGGAGGGGCUGAGGCCGCGGGGUCCGAGGUGGGGCCGGGGGCCCCCGCCGCAUCACUGUUUGCAGAGAGUCAGGGAGGCGGAAAAGAAACGCGCUCGCGGCCCCCAUCGGCGAGCGUGGCCAGGGCCCAUCCCCCGCGCGUCUCCCGGGCUGCGGGCGCGGGGGGCUGCCGGGUGCGCUUGGCUGCGGCGCGGCGCGGUUCCAAGCGGCCGGGUAGCUGGGAGCGUCGCUCCAGGGCCCCCCUCCCCGCAAUCCCCAGCCACACCCAGGCUGCCCCCUCCUGCCAGGCCCUGCCGGACCCGGCGCCGUCUUCUCCUCCCUGUCACCCGCAGUCGCCUCGGGCGGGGAUCGGUGCCCCGGAGCGCAAAGCCUGACGCGUCCCCUCCCCCCCGCACCCCCCAUCUCCCACCGCCCAGUCCCCGGCGGCGAUGAGACAGAGCGGCGCCUCCCAGCCCCUGCUGAUCAACAUGUACCUGCCAGAUCCCGUCGGAGACAGUCUCUUCAAGGAAGGGAAGAGCCCGGGCUGGGGGCCGCUGAGCCCCGCGGUGCAGAAAGGCAGCGGGCAGAUCCAGCUGUGGCAGUUUCUGCUGGAGCUGCUGGCGGACCGCGCGAACGCAGGCUGCAUCGCGUGGGAGGGCGGCCACGGCGAGUUCAAGCUCACGGACCCGGACGAGGUGGCGCGGCGCUGGGGCGAGCGCAAGAGCAAGCCCAACAUGAACUACGACAAGCUGAGCCGGGCCCUGCGCUACUACUACGACAAGAACAUCAUGAGCAAGGUGCACGGCAAGCGCUACGCCUACCGCUUCGACUUCCAGGGCCUGGCGCAGGCCUGCCAGCCGCCGCCCGCGCACGCCCACGCCGCCGCCGCCGCCGCCGCCGCCGCCGCGGCGCAGGACGGCGCGCUGUACAAGCUGCCCGCCGGCCUCGCCCCGCUGCCCUUCCCCGGCCUCUCCAAACUCAACCUCAUGGCCGCUUCGGCCGGCGUCGCGCCCGCCGGCUUCUCCUACUGGCCGGGCCCGGGCCCCGCGGCCACCGCCGCCGCCACGGCCGCGCUCUAUCCCAGCCCGGGCUUGCAGUCCCCGCCCGGGCCCUUCGGCGCGGUGGCCGCCGCCUCGCACUUGGGGGGCCAUUACCACUAG